AUGGGUAAGAAGAAUACCAAGGGUGGUAAAAAAGGUAGAAGAGGUAAGAACGAUACCGAUGGUCCUAAGCGUGAGCUUAUAUACAAGGACGAGGGCCAAGAGUACGCUCAAAUCACGAAGAUGUUGGGUAACGGUAGAGUAGAGGCCUCAUGCUUCGAUGGUGAAAAGAGGAUGGCACAUAUCAGAGGUAAGCUUAGAAAGAGAGUGUGGAUGGGUCAAGGUGACAUCAUUUUAGUGUCGCUCAGGGAUUUCCAGGACGAUCAAUGCGAUGUUGUUCACAAGUACAAUUUGGACGAAGCUCGUACUUUGAAAAACCAGGGAGAGUUGCCAGAAAACGCCAAAAUCAAUGAAACUGACAACUUUGGUUUCGAGUCCGAUGAGGACGUCAACUUUGAGUUUGGAAAUGCCGAUGACGACGACGAUGAAGAAGACGAGGAUGAUCUUGAUAUUGAUGACAUCUAA